AUGGAGAAGAGUGUGUUUCUCAUCCUGCUGUUCUCAGAUGAAACAGUCAAUGCACUGACAUACAUUCUGAUCCGGGAACAAAGAAGCUGGCCACAGGCUCAGAGAUUCUGUAGAGAAAGGCACACAGAUCUGGUCAGUGUGAGGAGCCAGAGGGAGAAUGAGAAGAUCAAAAAUACGGCAAAGGGCAAUGAAGUAUGGAUCGGCCUCUACAGGGGGAACUGGAAAUGGUCAGACCAGGAGAGCUUUUCAUUCCAGAACUGGAACGCAGGGGAACCAAACAACUUUGAUGGAAUUCAGAGCUGUGGUGCUGUGUACUUACAGGACAGAUACACAGGGUUUAGACUGGCAAAUGGCUCGAACCCCUGCUCUGGCCGAGUGGAGUUGGAGUACGACAGCAA